UUAAGAUGUAUUUAACACACACAGUUAUGUCACUAAUUUCAAUUAUAGUUUCCUGAAGACUUUCUGUCUGUUUCUCGAUAAAAUUUUGUUCCUAUUGUGAUGUUUCCAUGGUUUCCCGAGUAAACUGAAUCCGGAUAAGGCGGCAGUAUCGCGGAGAAGACGGACAGGGGUUUUGUCAGAUAACUUGUGUCGGGUCUUUUGAAUUGGGGCUUCCACAUACUAGUUUUAUGGACACCAGCCAGGUUACAAAUGCACUUGAAUCACUAUCACAUUCAUUUUCCAAUUUUUGUUUAUUUUUUUUGUCCAGAAGAGUCAACAAAACCCCAUUUGCAUAUUAAGAAUACCUUCUUCUAUAUUUUUCGUUCAAAUCUAGCCAGAAUUUCUUCUUGUAAUAAUAUAAUAUGUUUUUGGUGGUGUGCUGAAGUAGAGAUUGAAGUUCAACUUCUGCACAACUGGAACUAAAUUUUAUAUCAUUAGGGUAACAUGCGAGCUUGGCUUGCUUGGCGUGCAUGGAAAUUUGGCUUUGUCCUUUUCUCUAAUUAUAUUAUAUUGAUUACGAGAUAAGUUCGCUUUCACUAAAACUGAAAGUGCCUCCUCUGGGGGCAACUGUGUAUUGUAGUAUUAUUAAAAAUUUCUUGUAAUAUUUUGGAGGUCAUUACCAGAUUUUCUGAACGCCAUUUGAGCCGCAUAACAGAUAACCUCGACCAAAUUAUCCUUGCACAAGUCAGCAGUUUUCUGACGCUUAUUACUAUCGGAACUACAUGAAAAAUCAGUCAAAGGGCGACCAAUUUUUGAUUUGUCUAAAGAGCGUGUAUAGUUGGUAAAGACCAUUUUGGUAUCUAGCCAAGUUUUAUUGGUUUUCCCAAAAACUGCCUUAACUCUGCAAGCUUUGAGCUAUUUUGUUUUAAGGUCAAAGAUAAAUUUUGAAAUCUGGUUUGAAAUAAUUUGUAACUUAUCAGUUGGACAAUUUGUUAAAUCUCUUAUGUAUUCUUUAAGAUAUGUGCACUGUCGGUUUUGUUUCUUUGACGGGCAUUCUUGAAUCUUUUCCCACAGAUCUCUUCGACGUCGAAUUUCUGUUCGACGUCGAAUGUUCAAAUAAUCUGAAACAACAAAUGCAAAUUUUGCAAAUAAGUUUUAUUUUUCUUGAGCUACUUUUGCAACACCCUGUAGACGAAUCUCUAAAAAUUAGGUAAUUGUUUUGCUAAACAUAUGAUUUUUUGACAUUUUAGGAUUACGCAAGAGGUAACAAAACAGGAAUAAACAAAAUUGAUAGAAGAGUUUCUGCCAGUUUCAGUAAGAAACCCGAAAUUCAAGAAUAAAUUAGCCAGGGAGAACGCUUGGAAAACCAUAGGCGAAAUUCUAAACCAAUCUCCAUCUCAAUGUGAACAACGAUGGGUCACUUUAAGGGACAAAUAUACCGGCAUGAAGAGGCAGCUAAAGAAUCUGCCAUCGGGUUCAGGGGGGACAAAAGAUACGUGGCCAUUAAACGACAUAAUGGGAUUUCUAGAUCCACAUCUUACCACAAGAAGAACCAGCUGUAACUAUGGUAGUAUAUCGUCCCAGGCAUCCACAAGUUCGGCCUGGGAUAGUCUUCAAACCAUUGUUGGUGAGUCAGAUGUUAUCGAGCUGGUGGCUGAGCUAGAUGAUGAUAUGAUCGGCCAGUCGAGUUCCAGUGGAUCUACGAUAGAGGAGAUUACCCCAACAAUGGGAGAGAUACCUAGGAAGAGUGUUCCUAGGUCUCUCUCAAGAAAAAGAAACGCUCAAGAUAUGCUGUGCGAGAAAUAAGCACAUGCUUCGAGACGUUUAAUAAAAAAAAUGACAAUGGAGCAACCUGUACCUACAGAGGACAGCGAAUCCCACUUUACAAAAAAUUUGGCUGAAGAUAUGAAAGUCCUAACACCAGAGGAAACAGUGGCAGAGAUAUUGGAAGAAAGAAAUAAAUAAAAUUAGAAUAAU